CGACAGUCCAUUCAUAGCUUCAAUUCCCCCUCUUUUUCGCCUUACCUUCCACUCGUAAGAGUUACUCAUUUGUACCAACGCAGAAUGUCCCCUUCAGCCAUUGUUUCCGAGGCCGCAUCUGUGCCUACCGGUGGCUGCAGCAGUGGGAAGCCUGAAAUUGUUGAGCAAACAGGCAUCCCGCCGUAUGUGUCGACGAUGCCCGACGAGUCUUUCGACUGGAGGGUUUCCCUGAAGAACAAAGUCAUCGCCGUCACAGGAGCAAACCGCGGUAUUGGUCUCGGGCUUGCGCAGGUCUUCCUGGCAAAUGAAGCCGCCCAUGUCUACUCACUGGAUCUUUUCGAGCCUGGGGAGGAGUUCGAGGCCCUCCAGAAGGCCUAUCCUAAGCGUGUGCACUACCUGAACUGCGAUGUCACUUUAGAAGAGAGCGUUAUCCAAGCAGUUGACCAGAUUGUCGCACAAUCUGGGGCCAUCCAUGGCAUGGUCGCCAACGCCGGCAUGACCAAGCACCAGCCCGCAUUGAACUUCGACCAGGCUCAACUCGAGCAGAUGUUCAACCUCAACGUCUUCGGCGCAUACUACUGCGCUACAGCAGCCGCAAAGAAGUUCAUCGAGCUCGGUAUCAAGGGCAGUGUCGUAUUCACUGCAUCAAUGACAUCUUACCGGCCCAACCGGGCUGGUCCAUCCGCACCGUACGGCGGUACUAAGGCGGCUAUUCGCAACAUGGCACACACCCUUGCCAUGGAGUGGUCGAAACACGGUAUUCGCGUGAACAGCAUUUCUCCUGGAUUCGUCAGGACGCAGAUGACUUACAAGAUCGAGCGCGCACCCGACUUCGCGGAGAAGAUGCACUACUAUGGUGGCAUGCCUAGGCUCGCGGACCCCAGGGAGCUAGGUGGAGGAUAUGUUUACCUGCUCAGCGACAGCGCUUCAUAUACCACAGGAAUCGAUAUUCCUAUCGCUGGUAUCGUAGGCGCGUGGUAAAGGAAGAUUGGCGGAGAAUGGUUAGACGUGGUUGCAUUGGAAGGAGUUCCGAUACAGGUUGAGGCCUUUCGAUUCCCAUAGCACGAAUAACAUACAUUAUCUCAGAGACGCUC